CGUAGCUCAAGCGGCAAACAUUCAUAACGGAAAUCACAAAAUUCAAACACGACAUGAACUCAGCAUGUCCUUAUCAAUGGCAUUGAUGCCACAGCCACGUUAUCCUUGCAACGCCAAGCUCUUUGCUAAAAUUCUCGAACAGCGCACUGGGCUCAACUGGCAGCCCAUGAUCAAUAGAAACGUUUCUCGCAUCGCCAUCAAGGAGCAACUCGCACAAGGCAAAGGCGAUUUGGUGAAAUGCUGGCGACAGAGCGAAAGUUUUGUCAAGUUGCAGGACGACUAUCGCAUCUAUGAGCAGAGCGUUGAUCUGCAGGCAUUUUUUGGUGAGCGACAGCAUUGUGACAAAGUAUCCGAUGUCUGUCUGCUCAACGAUCACUUUAUGCUGGUGAAGAUGCUGACCCAGCCAUCGGAGCAGCAACUGGCGCAGACUAUGACGUCCAAGUUGCCGCGCUGCUUCAAAUGUCAUCGCGGCAGUCGCGUCUCCCCGCUGCGUGAAGAGCACGAGGAGACGCGCUCCUGGUCGGCACGCAAUCUCGACGAAGUAGAGACCUUUGACACCACCACGCGCAUACAAACCGAGCGUCCUGUUAUUGUGCAACAGCCACAGCCUCAAAGCCAACAACAUGUUGCCACCACAAGCGUCGCCCAGCAGCCACUACAGCUGGAUACCCUAAAGCCUUUGCCCUUGUCCCUGCCUGACAACAACAACACUGCGUCCAUUGGUCGCAGUCCAUUCUACUGGUUCCUCUGGCCCUUUCGACGACGCUAUGGCCAAGCCAAGCCUCAGCCUGCUGCCGUGCACAAGACCUACUUUGUCAGCUGGAAUAAGCCGCCAAAUACGCUCUGGCAUGGCUUUGGAGUGGAGCGUGACGCGCCGGUCAAGGCCAAACUGGGACUGCGGCGUUGUCGCUCCGCAGUCUUCUAAAACAUUUAGCAUACAUACCUAGCUUGUUGUAUAUUUUGUAUAUUGUUGUAAGCAUCAAUUAAAUACUAAAAAUCUAUAU